GACCUUGCGCUUUGCCCGGGAGUAGUUCAGACCCAAAACAAUAGAGCACUUAUGGAAAUGUAUGUUCCUAUUGAAUUAUUCUGAAAUAACCAAAUUCUAGUUUUGUAAUAAGCACACUCGAAUUUUGUGGUAUUGCGAUAUACUCGUGGAGUACUCGUAAAGUCGUAAUCAACACUGAAAUACUAAACCAAACAUGGAAAGUACAAUACCAGCCUCAGUUUCCGGAGAGACAUCGCCCCAGUCGCUGCCAGCCCCUCCCGAGCGUGUAGAUCUAUUGUUCACGCCGCACACCUACCCCAGGAUAUCCAUAACACCGCAAGAACUCUUGGAUUUUCCACUGGUCAGACACUGUCCACAACCGCAGCGGCAGUUAGCUAACCGCUUUCAAAUCAUCCACAAUGUUGUGCCGCAAGGAAAACGUACCAGGCUGCAGCUUAGAAAAGUUCAACAAGUCACUGAUACUGUGUACCACUGCCUCUUAGAACAAGAGGAGCCGAUAGCGCCGAUGUUUCUCAUGGCGGCCAGAAAACGUGAAGAGUUUGGGAUCGUUUAUUGGGACUUUUGGUUGGAUAAUAAUAUUUAUCGAAUGCAGCGCACUGAUAGCUCGUACGCCGGCACCAUGAAAUCGAUGCCAUUUGAGGACUUCUAUCUUCUUCACGCUGAAUCCGAAUCGAAGCAAGAAAUUUAUAAAGAAGUUUUGGCGGUGACCUUUACCUUGCAACAACCAGGGCCGAACGAAGCUGCUGUAUGGCACGACCUAAUCUCAUUGUUACCCGGGGUUCUAUCUGAAGGAAACGUUGUUGCAUCAUACGUGCCACUUCGGCCGAACGAAAAAUUAUUUUCCCGGUGGCAACGCCGAAGAGAGCCGGAGACACCUUUAUCCGGCUUAACAAUUUUGGCAAAUAGUCAAGCAUUUACAACAAUUGACACCGGAACUCCUGUUUUGAAUUUCCAACACAAAAAAAGAUCAGCAAGAAAAUCUUUUUUCUUUCUGACGGCAAAAAAGCAGGUCACGGGAAAUCUUACUGAAGACCUCGAUGUCACGGUGGUGCUGAACAUCGAACGGCAGAGCAGAACCGUGGUCAUCCUAGACUUCACUUUUCCCCUGACGGCUUACUCAGCACUCGCGGUUUCUUUGGCUGCUUUGGACGGUAAAGCUGCUACGGAUUUCAUUGAUACUGCCAAAAGGAGCGUUGACAGCUUCGAAGGUGACCAAAUUAUGGAAUAUAUUAAGCCUUAAUGCAAAGCUCGGCACCUGUCAGAUGGUUCUUUGCUGACGGACGUCCAGCGUCAACAAACCGCAAAGGUUACAUCAAACGUUUUACGGAACAAAUUCCCUUGCAUUUGAAUUAAUAUUCUUUGAUUAACCACAAUUCUUAGUAUUUUUGCCUCAAUUUCUGGUGUGACAGUACAAGAAAAUAAAUGACUUUCAGUGAGUCGUCGUUUAUUCAGUCCUCAUCAC